AUGGUCCCAAAUGAGGCCCAUCAAUACAUGGGGAUUAUCCGGUUGCUUCAGUCUUUUGAUUGGACAUGGAUUGGGGUAUUUGCUGUGGACGAUGAGAGUGGAGACCACUUCUUGGGGGCCCUGGAGCCAUUACUUUCCCAAAAUGCUAUCUGUUCAGCCUUUACGGAAAGAAUCCCAAACCAAGGCAAUUUCCUUGACGUUACUGAACUCGGUAGUAGGGGACAAAAUUUUUAUAAAGCAUUCAUGGAUAAGAAAGCCAAGACAUUUGUCAUCUAUGGUGAAACAAUAACUUUUAUAUGGCUGAGCACCUUAAUCGCUAUAGCAGCUCCUGAGUAUGAGGAAAACAGAUCUGUUGGAAAAGUGUGGAUUAUGACAGCCCAGAUUGAGUUUGCAAUAGUGGGCCUCAUAAGGAACUGGAAAUUUGAAAUAUUCAACGGUACCUUUUACUUUGCUCUUCAUGCAAAUGAACCUGUAGGGUUUCAGGCAUAUCUUCAGAAUGUAAAACCUCAGUGGUCCCAUGAAGAUCAUUUUCUGAAGGACUUCUGGGAACAAGCCUUUGAUUGUUCCUUUCCAAAUCUCCAGAUGCUCAUGGAAGAUGAUAGAACUUGUACUGGGGAGGAGAGGCUGGAGAGCCUUCCUGAGUCUGUUUUUGAAAUGUGCAUGACUGGCCACAGCUACAGCAUCUAUAAUGCUGUCUAUGUUGUAGCACAUGCUUUGCAUGCCAUGGACUCCUCUACAUCCAAACACAGAGCAAUAGAGGGGGGUAAAAGAGUUGACGUUCAGGAUCUACAGCCUUGGCAGCUCCACCCACUUCUUCAAGGCAUUUGGUUUAACAAUUCAGCAGGAGAGAGUGUGUCCUUUAAUGAGAACUGGGAAUUGACAACUACUAGAUUUGAUAUCAUGAACAUGAUUAUCUUCCCAAACAACUCCUUUCUUAAAGUGAAAGUUGGAACAGUGGAUCCCACAGAUGGAAAAGGAUUCAUUCUUAAUGAGGGACCAAUUGUGUGGCACAAAAGCUUUAACCAGGUGCCUCCCCUUUCCCAGUGUAGUGACUCUUGCCUCCCGGGUUAUCAGAAGAAAAGGAAAGAAGGGGAAAUGUUUUGCUGCUAUGAUUGUGCUGUAUGCUCAGAAGGGGAAAUCUCGGUCCAGAAGGAUGUGCUGAAUUGUUCCAAAUGUCCAGAAGAUCAAUAUCCAAGCAAGAGCCAUGAUGAAUGCAUCCCCAAAAGUCUAAACUUUCUGUCCUAUGAAGAACCUUUAGGGAUCAGUUUAGCCUCUGUUGCUGUUUCUUUGUCCCUGAUCACAGCCUUGGUGCUAGGAACUUUUAUAAAGCAUAAAGAAAGCCCCAUAGUCAAAGCCAACAACAGAGACAUCACUUACGCGCUCCUCCUCUCCCUGAUGCUCUGCUUCCUCUCUACCUUACUAUUUCUUGGUCAGCCAAAUAAGUUGACCUGCUUCAUCCGACAAUCUGCUUUCGGCAUCAUCUUCUCAGUGGCUGUUUCAUGUGUGUUGGCCAAAACCAUCACUGUGGUUGUAGCAUUCAUGGCCACCAAACCAGGGUCCAGCAUGAGGAAGUUGGCCAGAAAAAGACUAACCAAACUCACUGUCCUUUCCUGUUCUCUUUUUCAAGUGGGUAUCUGUGCAGUGUGGCUAGGAAACUCUCCCCCAUUCCCUGUCUUGGACAUGCAGUCACUGCCUGAAGAGAUCAUAGCAGAAUGUAAUGAAGGUUCUCUUGUCAUGUUUUAUCUUGUCCUGGGCUACAUGGGACUUCUGUCCACCAUAAGUUUCAUGGUGGCUUUCCUAGCCAGGAAAUUGCCAGACACUUUUAAUGAAGCCAAGUUCAUCACCUUCAGUAUGCUGAUGUUCUGCAGUGUUUGGUUGUCUUUUGUUCCAACCUACCUGAGCACCAAAGGGAAAUCCAUGGUGGCUGUGGAGAUCUUCUCUAUCUUAGCCUCCAGCGCUGGAUUACUGGUUUGUAUCUUUUCCCCUAAAUGCUACAUCAUUUUGCUGAAGCCUAAACUAAACAGCAGAGAGCAGCUAAUUAGAAUAAAGAAUUAA